AUGCCAACCCAGGUCCACGCCAUUGUAGCGAAGGCUCUACUUGAGGGCGCACCUCAAAUGGGCACGGGAGGAGUGGUGUGGAAUAAUGGUACACAGGACAAAUUCCCCAAUCAAUUCGCUGCCAAGGUUACGGAUACAGAUGAAGACCGCGUGGAAUAUCUCGAGAUGAGCUUCUUCUACCAUAUGAAUUGCCCAAAUACUCCCCUUCGCCUACAACUAUCAUAUCCAGAAGUUAUCUUACGUCUGAAGGGUGUACCGUCAGAAUUUCAUGUCCAAGCAAAUUGUACGAUGAAGACUCCGCUCAUAGGCAAGAGCGUACUGCAAGAGAAGCGGAAGGAAGAAGUGCCAAGGCCAUUCAGACCUAUUCUUCAACCUUUCCCAGCUUGUGCCUCAUAUCCGAGUGAAAAAAGCCGGCCAAUCGAGGACAUUGGCACGUAUUCAAGCACCUUCGAAACCUCCCUACAUUACUCCACCAGAUAUGACCAGUGGAUAGGAAGCUCACAAAGGAAAAAGCCAAAAGUGCAAGCGUGGACUUGUCCAGUCUCGACAAUAUUCAAAUCCAGCCUACGAGAUCACGAGCAUAACAACAAUAACCAACCAAGAAGUCCGGGAUCUGCUCAUCAGCGUUUCUCAAGAGACUACUACAGAUUCGCUCCGACGAAAAUUACCAAGGAGACCACGGGCAAGAAGCCGUACAAGAAGGAGAUGAAGGCUACAUACACAUUUCCUUCCACCCACGCAUACUCUGGAAUGAGCAAAGCUCAACUCAUAGACGAGCUGAAGCGAAAACAGGCCGCUAGGAGAGACGUUAAGGUUCAUACAUGGCAUACUAAAGAUGCCAUGAUGUGUGCCCUUCUGAAGGACGACGGUGUCGAUGUGCCUGUUGUGUUGAGUGCUCGACCAUCAAAACGAGUCAACGAUGAGGCUGGGGCAGAAGAUGAUGGCUUAGAUGGGGAUGAGGAGAUGCAGGAUGCGGAUUACGAGAGCGAGGCAGGAGAUGGGGACGAGGAGAUGCAAGAUGCCGUUUAG